AAGCACUGAACCUUCUAGUGCCAUUGUCUUUCUUUCUCAUUCUCACUUCUUCGUAGCAAUUGUUACUAGUUUUAGUUUCUUGAUCAAUUCUCGUUAACAAAAUGGCAACUCCUAGCGCUGCUACCACAGCCCUGAUGGUUCUUCUAUUGGUGGUUCCAGCUGCUUUUGCUGCCGAUUAUCCAAUCACUUGGAGCCAAGGCACCAGUUAUGACGAUUGGGGUUCAGACAAAACUUUAGUUGCCGGUGACACCAUUACUUUUACGUAUGGGCCAACGCAUUCAGUAAACGUCGUAGACAAGGGUGCCUAUGAUAACUGUGGGUCAGAUUCCAAGAAGUCCUACAACGAUGGAAGUAGCAAAGUUCCUUUAGUAGCUGGAACCAUGUAUUUCAUAUGCCCACAAGGAAAUCAUUGUGCUACUGGAAUGAAAUUAUCGGUCAAAGUUAGCGCAGCAGGCACGCCAACAACUCCUGCCACUCCUGCCACUCCUGCUACUCCUGCCACUCCUGCUACUCCUGCCACUCCCACUCCCGGUACUCCUGCCACAAAACCCACCGCGCCAAGCGGAACUAAUGCAGCAACUAGCAGUUACAACAUGAAUGUCAUUGUGAUCGGAGGUUCACUUUUGUUGGCUCCUUUGUUCGCAUUUUUGGGCUAGGAAAGAGGCAGUGCUUAUGAAUUACAGUCAUGUUUGUUUUGUGAAUCCUUUUUAUCUAUGUCAUUUAUGCUCAUUUGUAAUUGGAUUUAGUAGCUAUGUAUUUUGUGGAGAAUUUGAUAAUUGAACGAUCUUUCGGGUACA